UGAAGUGAGUGACGGAAAGUCACGGAGAGACUCAGAUUCCUUCUGCGAUGCCUGUCUGAUGGAGGCCAGCGGCUCUGUUCGGUUUUCAAUGAAGGAAAGAGGAGCCUGAAACGGCCGUGUUCUCUGAAGUCUUACCUUCAAUGUAAAGAGAAGAGUUUAGAGGAAAUACGUAGGAUAACCAUGAAUAUGAAAUAAAAAAUGUCAGAAUCAAGAACACAACAACUCCGAGGAAACAAAAAGAAGCUGAAAUGAGUUUUGCCACAAAAGCUUCUCAUGAAAAUGAUCAGGAGAAGACAGAAACACAGGAGGAUGAUGAACUCAACACUGAGGACAGCAACAGUAAAUCUAAAGAUUUUCCUAAGACAAGUCAGACGUCAGAGAAGAAGACGAUCAGCCCUCUGACUCUGUUCAAAAAAGAUUUCUGCCAGUUCAAAGAAGAUGUGAUAAAAGUGUUUAAGGACAAGGAUGUGAAUCCAAGAACAAACCAAUCAGCGGAAAAGCUGAUCAGCCCUCUGACUCUUCUGAAAGAGGACCUCUCCACCGUUUUCAAGAUCGGCCUUUCAAAGGAAGGGGAUGAGAAAGAAGUCAUUGUGAAGGAAGACUCCUCCAACACCUCCAAAGCAAAAACCUCCAAAACUGAAAGAGCUGAAAAGCCUUUAAAGAGUCUGUUCGGCAGAGAUGGAAAUCUUUUAAAGAUAUUUAAAGACAAAAAGAGUAAAGAGCAAGCACAAGACGAUUUCAGAAAUUCCAGAAAAAAAAACAAAAAGAGAGAUGACUGUGAGGAAUCUAAAAAGAUGAAUCACCUGGAGCACAUGAUGCAUGCAUCCAACACAGCUGUGACUCUGUCCUCCAGACUGACUCUAUUCAACCCAACAGACAACCUGAGUAGGAAUCAACUGACAGAAGAUCGGUGGUCACUGAAAAACUUUGCCUUCUAUCUGACCCUGGACCCCAACACGGCCAACUCAGAGAUAUACUUGUCUGAAAGCAACAGGAGAGCCACUCGUCUCUGGUUGGACCAACAAACCCUGGAACAUCCGGAACGGUUCGAGUACUGCCCGCAGGUGCUGUGCAGGGAGGGGCUGCUGGACUCGGUGUACUGGGAAGUGGUGUGGACUGGUGGUGCUGAUAUCGGCGUCACUUACAACAGCAUCUCCAGAGAUGGGGACAUUGACAGCUGUCUUCUGGGACACAAUGAGCAGUCCUGGAGUCUGGAAUGCUCUGAGGGAAGCUACACGCCAUGCCACAACAGGAAGAGGUUUAAGUCCUCGUUGCCUAAUCCGUUCACCCACAGGGUGGGGGUUUACCUUAACUGGCCUGCUGGGUCUCUGUCCUUCUACUGCGUCUCUCAGGACACCAUGGUCCACCUGCACACCUUCACCACCACCUUCACCGAGCCGCUGUACCCAGGCUUCUGGGUGUGGGCCUAUCAUGGCUCGGUGACGCUGUGUCAGGUGGAACUGGACUGGGAGCGACUGCUGCAAUGAGACACUGACUGGAGGGUGAACUCAUACAGGGAUUAACUAGGUGUAAUUAAAACGUUUUCCACUUUUUCAUCUACAGGUGAGAGCAUCAUAUAGCAUGAAUGUUAAAACCUAGAUGUGUAUUAUAUCAGUGUUAAAUUCAAAAAGUGAAGUAAUCAAGAAUUAAAAAGGUGCAUUCAAAAGCAUUUUUACAGAAAUGAUUAAAAAGUGAUUUAUAUUCAGGGAUGGAGCUUGAGGCGUGGCCAUGGUUAUGCUGGCCACCUCUAAAAUCUUCUUCUUUUCCUACCCACUGUCGCCUCAUGCAGCCAAGGAUGGAGGAUUGACUCAAAGAUUAAUUGCAGUUUGUCAGUGCCCUUAUGAACUGGUGUUAUGAACAAUUAAAUUGGACUUGUGGAGUAGAUAACAGAUUUGUUUUAAUUUGAUUAUUGUUGGACUAUAAUGAAUUAGACUGAAUUGGGCUGUUUCUUUACUUGGGAGACUUUAAUAAUAGAUUAAGAUAAUUGGCGCCAAACAAACAAAGCUGAACAG